CUGGGUGAUCUCACAGCUGAGAUGAUAUUCACAUGCAUUUUCUUCUCUUGGAUCUGGGCAAUGGCAGCAGGCUCACUGCAGGUAGUUCACAGGAAGGUCCAAUCAUCCAAGACUGGAGAAAAGGUUACUUUCCACUGCCAGCUUGUCAUGGAUCAUGAAGUGCUGCAAGUCACCUGGCAGAAGGAGAGUGGAGAAGGCAAAGGCAAUAUAGCAACCUACAGCAGGAUUAAUGGCCACAGAAUCCUAGGUAACUAUAGCAGCCGUGUGAACUUCACUCAGAGCGAGCUGACGGUCUCUGCCAUCACUGUUCAUGCAGUCACCCUGCAGGACGAAGGCUGUUACAGAUGUAUCUUCAACACAUUUCCCAUGGGAUCCAUUACAGGCAGGACAUGCCUCAAGGUUUACGCAAUAUCGGAACCCAGCCUGGAGGCCAAGCUUGUGUCCAGUCCAGAAAAUGGUGAGGAGAAGGUGCUGGAAAUAAGCUGCUCAGUAACAGGGAAACCAGCUCCAAUGAUCAGCUGGAACCUGUCCCAUCGCCUUCAGGAGGAGCCAAGACAGUAUCUCAUCAAUCACUCAGACCAGACUGUGACUGUAAUCAGCAAUUUCACACAUGUCCCCUCCAGGAUUCACUGGGAGAACCUAGCUGGCUGUGUGAUCCAACAUCCGCUCCUAAAUGUGACGCUGACUCUGUCCAAGGAUGGGCAGGUCCAGGGCCAGUCAGCAGCAAUUGACACUGUAACAAUCUACGUAUUGGUUGCUUUGAUUCCCUUGGGGCUCUUGUGCAUCUGCUUCUGCAUCUUGUUCAUCUGCUGGAAGCGACACCACCAAAUGGAUAAAAACAAAGCUGACCUAUGUUGGGUUCUUCCCAUAUGCACCAAGGACAUGAGGCAUGGACAGUCCACAAAAAAUGAUAAACAAGGCCCUGACAAGCUUCCUCCCUUAAAAGCCCUCUUGGACAGAUGAACACCUGGUGUUGGAAGAACUUUGCCUAACAAUGGUGAAAUGAAAACAGUGCUGGAUUUGGAUGUGUGAAACUGACGUCUAGCUAUACUUGUAACAUCUCAGACUGCUGCAUGAAUCACAUUACGUGCAACGUGCCAUGUUUUAUACCAAAAAAAACAACAAAAAACCCACAAAAUAUUUUGUAAUAUCUAUUUAUGUUUGAAUAAAUGAGCCAAUAAGGGUAGCUGUAUAUAGA